CGCCGGCCCUCGUUUGUUUACAUCGACUUCAAAACAUGACGAAAGCCCCGUGCUGAGAACAUUCAAAAUUAUUCAUUUCCAUUACGAUCAUGGUCAAUAUAGAGGACUUUGAGCUUGUCAGUGGAAAGGCACUGUGGGGUGUCAUAUGCGGCACAUAUGUUCUCCCUUCAGAUGAGGUGGUUGGUGCAGAGCUCCAGCUGGCAGUGGAGCACCUCCGGCAUGGCCUCUCAGCUUAUGCCGACCCCAGUGGGGAUCACUAUGAGAAAUGGGAGAAAACAGCACAGGUGUCAAAGGCAGAGAAGGCAUUUGUCAAGAAGCUGUCGGCACUUUUGAAACUCUCAGCGACACACAGCUGGCAGAUGUUCCAGCUGUUCCUCCUGAAUGAGUACCGAGGGGCUGAGGCCUCACUCUCCGAAGUUUUGGCCAGCCAGCGUGAUGAGGAGACCUUCUUGGGCCAGCUUUGGAACUUCUACCUGGCUGACCGACUCCACCUCAUCCGCUGCCUAAGACAUGUAGUGGCCAACACAGCUAACCCACAGCACCCAUACCAGAGUCUGUUCCACAACUUCAUGCAAGACGUCCUGGACAAAGACGGCACGCUUGGGGAGAGCCUUGUCAACCAGGUAAUGCUGUGCACGAAGAUGGCCCCACCCACGCCCCAGUCCCACGGCCCACACCUCCCUCCACAUGGCCCCACAACCUGGUUGGCGCACCACCUGGCCGAGCUGCGUGAGGUGCUGGCCACGCUGCUCGUCUACUAUGGGAGCACAUCACAGUCGCCAACUCCUGAAACAUUUCUCAAACUAGUUCAGUUGGCACAGGGAGGUGGCCUUGGAGGACGGCCAGAGAUUCAGGAGGGCAUAAGGGAAAGUCAUGCCCCACUGGUCGAAGCUCUCGAUGGUGCCCACGUCCUGCUCCUAACCCUCAUCAUCAAUGCCGACUCACCCAUCAGUGACAAUAAACUCUGCGAUAGUGCUUGGGUCAAGAAGCUAGACCCCACCAUGGCUGGCUUGGGAGCCCGUACACCCCACCUGGCCCCCUUGCUGGCUUGGGCUGUCCUACAGCUCAGGGCAUCAGAUGGGGGACCAAAAGGCAACCCGAGGAUGUACAACAAGCUAGCACAAAGAGCCGUUCAUGGCAACGUGUUUGCCUACCUCCAGACAGCACUCAAUAAUACGUCAAUACAGGGAGAUGAACUGCUAGUGCGGCUUGCAUCUUCGGUCGUGUACUCCCUCAUGUGUGCUGCGGCAGGAUGCCUUGACCUAGAGCGAAUGGGAUGCCUCUCUGUCCUGAAUACCCUGGCCAAGAGGUGCCUUGCUCAAGACCCUCCGGCACAACUCUUUUGGGCUGAGGAAGGUGGUGGAGCUGGACUGUUACUGCCACAGGCAAUAGAGGUUUUCCCCUACGAUGUUCAGCCCUUGCUGUCUCUCAUGAGUGCUCUGGCUGUUGCAAAUACAGAGAGCUGCCAGAAGGUAAUAGAACUUCUGACAGAGCUGCCAAACCUCUCCUGGGUGCUGACGCAAAGUGACCACAGGAGCAUUCAGAUCAGGGGCAAUGACUGCAUAACCACAGCUCCUCUGCAGGUCCUUCCAUCAUUGACCAUUGCAGCAGACACACGUGGCACCCUGAUCUCCACAAACCCUCCUGUUGUAACCUGGCACAUGCCCACAAAUGCAUGGCAAGCUCUUUUGGGGGUCAUGAAACUUCUUGAUGAAGAGGUAAGUGGAGGGGCAAGCAUUCCCGACCAGAAGCUCAUGGAAACAGUAUCAGCUACGCUCCGCCUCCUGGCCUCCCUCUUGACUACACUCCCUGACCAUCUGCCGGCAUUCAUCCACUUCAUCCAGCAGACAAUAGUGCUGUUACGCAGAAUAUCUCAAGUCAGUCGGCCACCGGGACAGCUGGUGGCAACACUCAUGGAGUUUCUGACAGAGGUUUCAACACAGGACCCUAAGUUGGUGUGGAAUGAACUUGAGAGCUGCCCUCUCCUACCUUUCCUUGCUGCCCCACACAAAACCGGAGCAAAGAAAGGGAAAGUAGACCCUUUCCUUGGGUAUCGUGCUGGUGCCCUCAGAGCCCUAGUCUGCGGUGAAGAGGCAGCAACAGGGAAAUACCCCAUCCUGAGUUCCUACACGCGCUUAUUGAUAUGUGGUGUGAAGGAUGGCUUCAGCAGUGGGAGUGUAAAUGGGGGUGUGGUGUUUGUAGCAAGGGAGGUGACAGGAGCCUUGCUAAGAUGGUGCUACAGUUCCCAAGAAGAGAGAGACACUGUCCUCAAUCUCUGUCUGGCCCUUCUUCACCACACUCUAGAGGCCUCAGACAUAGAUACCAGUGUUCGUGACUUGGUGGUCAAACAGUUGGUGGAUAGUAGCAGUGCUGGGCAGACUCUGCUGUCAGUGGUAGUUGGUGGAGCUAACUUGGAGACAGCUAUCAACCACCCAAUGCACUCACCCAUCUCCACCCAUGCACACAGACUCACACGAACGGCCCAGAUGGCUCUCUCCAUCUUGCACAGGCUUGUAGGUGAAGACACCAGCAUGGACGGACUAAAUCAGCUUCUCCGUGCAGCUCCAACCCCCAAUACACCUCUGAGUGGAGGACGCUUGCAUAGUAGCACCUCCCCUCAUUUGGCUUUGACUGUUGCUUUGUAUGCGCAUCAAAGGCUUAAUCCACGUCUCUCCUACCUUGCUCUGCGAACUCUUACCAGAUUUGCUCAGAAACUCAAUGUGCCAUUAGUUGCCUGUCUGGGUGGAGAAGCUGAAGGGAUUCGAGAUGCUCUUCUGCGCCGAUUAGACUCUGCAACUGAAGACGUGCGCGUGAAAGUUGCUCUCCUACGUCUCCUAACGGCAUCUACCACACGGCAGCAGGGGCUAACCAAUGCCUUCCUCACACCUCCUGAGAAACUCUUAGAUCCUCUUACAUCACUCUUUAAUCCCUCUACCUCUACGUCAUCGGGAAGAGAGUUGGGCUUAGCAGUUGUGGAACUUGUAGAUGCCCUCUGGAGUGAGAAAUAUACCACUGCAACAACCUACCUGCAAGAUAAAUCAGACUUCUGGCAGGCACUUGUUCAACCCCUCACAAAAGAGAAGACAAAUGAAGUGAACAAUGCCAUUGUUGGCCACACAUUGCGGGUGCUUGCUCGGCAGGUCUUCUCGUCUGAUGCCAAACCCAGUGCUUGUCUCAAGUCGGCCAUGGAUAAACUCUGUGAUCCAGUCAAGGGAACCAUUUGUCAGUGGUCAGAACACAUAGUAAACAGUCUAGAGGACUCCAGUCACCUCAGCGAUGAUGUUACCGAGUUGUUAUUACCUGCUUGGCGAGACCUGGUGGUAGUGAUGGUAGCUAGGGCCAAGACCUGGCUGGCCGACAAGCAGAAAGUAAGCAUAGCAAGUGACAUUCUACACGCCCUCCUGAAUCAGCUGGAGAAAGAGUCUAUGGAUGAGAAGCUGGCUCUUCUCCUGGCUGAGUUGUACCUGGCUCUAGUCAAGCAUUGUGGGAAAAACCUCAUUGAGAAAGAGGACUGCUUCAAGGGGGUGGGCAAGCUGUUGGUCAAGGUGCAGGAGGCAGUGAUGACGACGCCCACGCACUCCCAGAUGCUCAUCCUCGGUGCAGCCCUCAGGAUGGUCAAGCUCACGGAACCAUCCUCACAGUCCCAAGGCCAAGCGCUUGCACUCCUGGGCCCUGUGACGUGGCUAGUGCAGCAGCAUGGGAGGCUGGCGGGCUCCUCUUCCUCCUCCUCCUCCUCCUCGUCUUCUUGCACAACAGCGGCCACUCUGAGCCUGGCUGCUGCUCUCCUCCACCAGUGCCUGCUGCGUUGUGCCCCCGAUGCUGCCCGCCCCUUCCUGGCCCACACACCUGUUGUUCCGGCAUUGCUGCAUGCUGUCGAGACCUAUAUGCAGUGCGGAGAAGAAGAAGUAGUCGGGGAGCUGCUCCUGCUGCUGUCCACACUGUCCAGGGUCGCUGAGCUGUCCGACGACCUCUCCACGCAGACCCUUUCGUCCACACUUACCCUCACGAUUCCCCCAUCCAAGACGGGCCUGUUGAGUGAGGUGGUGUGGGGCGUGGUGUGGGGUGUGCGUCGUGAGGGCGUGGGGGGUGUGGAGGGGGGCGUGAAUGUAGCAGCAGUCCACCUGGGGGCUCUGUGCGGGGCCCUUGGUGCUCCCCACCGACAGCCGGCCCUCGCCCUCGCUAGUGCAACCCUUGUCUCAUCCCUGGCCCCCUAUGCCUCCAUGUGGAUCGUCACCCACCCGGCCUCCUACUCCCAGCUCACGGCCGCCACUACAAGGUGCAUUCACAUCACGACGCAACUGCUCCACACACCUAGGGUUGUUGAGAUGGAGCUGAGUGGAGAGAGAAGCAGCAGUGGAGGGAGCUCAGAGGCACCUGCCAUUGCACCGCAGAUAACAGCCGCCACCACAGAUGUCCUCAAUCGCAUGCUGCAGGUUGUGUGUGCGUGUUUGAGUGCUCUCAUUGCUCUGGGACCUGACCUGACUGACUUGCUCUGUGGGCCUGGCAUUGACGUAGGUGCAUGGGCGUUAUUCUUCCACCCUUCAUUCCGCCCUGUAUCUGCCCACGACCCGAACGCACAGCCCAGCUUGGCCUCUCUCACCUCUGUGCUGGAUCUCUAUGACAGCCAUGCGUCAAAGGAGAGUCGAGGGCUGUCGCCAUGCCGUGGGGGAGCGCCAGAGGUUGGGCUGUGUGUACAAGUAUUAGCAGUGACUGCGGAAAAGGCGCUACUGCUGCUGCUCACCCAGUCCACUCUGGCCCUUAUGCGACCUGAAACCCCCCCAAGGGAUAGCCUGCGUGUGCGCCAUGGCCUUGCUGAUGAGAUGGAGAGUCGAGGGCUGUCGCCAUGCCGUGGGGGAGCGCCAGAGGUUGGGCUGUGUGUACAAGUAUUAGCAGUGACUGCGGAAAAGGCGCUACUGCUGCUGCUCACCCAGUCCACUCUGGCCCUUAUGCGACCUGAAACCCCCCCAAGGGAUAGCCUGCGUGUGCGCCAUGGCCUUGCUGAUGAGAUGGUAGGUCACCACUCCUCACAUGCAAAAGAUUUCAGAUUUUGUUCUUUAUCUUCUUCUACCUCUAUGACUGUCUUCUAUAUUUUUCCUUUUUCAUGA